AUGAACGCUACCAAGCGAGCUGUCGGUCAUUUCCUGAUGAACGACGGUGACGUUGAUAAUCCAAAGAGCGCCAAGGUCACGGCGAAGGUGACAGUUACUGACGGAGAUGACCAGGGUCCGGCUUUCGAGUACGAGGGAUGCUUCAGACACAAGGGCGUCUGUGCCUGGCCCAAAUAUACUUCAUACGCCAAUCAGAUGAAGUUGGGAGAGCCAAUCACAGUCUAUCCUGUUCCCAACAAGAUCGGCCAGCCAGUCAGCAUCAAGGCCAGAGACCUUGACCCUUCUAUGUCGGAGGUCAAGUUCUCCAUUGCAUCAACUAUUCCACCUGGCUUUGAGUCCCACUUUUCGGUUGCUACUAGUCAUGCAAGUGGCGCCUUCUACACAGCAACAGUCAAACAAGAGACGGCAAUCACUGUCAGCGAAGGUUUCGAGAUCUUCCUUAAGGUGGAAGAAACGACCGGCAACAAGAGACAUGAAAUAGCAAUGAUAUAUUUUCUGGGCCAAAACAAAGGUGGUUCUCCCGGAAGUCAGACUACACAAAAACCGGCUUCGGAAACAGAUCGUCAAGUUGGUGGCCCUGACAAGUCUCCUCUCUCAACCGGCGGCACGUCUGGUGAGACCCUGGCCCUUAUUGUAGUCGUCGCCAUCUUGGCUGCAUUUGUCGUCUGCCUCGCCAUCGCGUUCUUCUGCUACAUUUCUAGAAGACGGGACACCAAGGGGACCAAGUACAACCUUGAGUCCCGCCAGACGACUGGCGGAAAACGGAAUGGCACAUCCUCCACUCAAAUGUAACCACAGCAACGACCACUUUCAACUCAGGAGCAAGUAGUUUUGUCCUCUUGCGGACAUGGCCAAAUACGACUAUAAAGGACUGAUAUAUUAAGAGAGAAAAUGAUGUCAUAGUUACAGCCGUCAGAAGAACAAGUCCCGUGAUAUCAACGUCGCACAAUAGGUCAAGGUCAAGGUCAAGGGUGAAAUAUGUAUAUACAUAGUAUGGGAGUAUUUCCUGGCAUCUGGGAUGUGACAAAUUCCCAGACACGGGAGUACUUGUAUGACUUUAUCACAGCCCAUUCCAUAUGUGACGAACUCCAGGAAAUCUCUAAAUUAUCUGGUUAUAAUUGAACUGCGUUAUUAUCAACAUAAACCCUCAGUAUCUCACUGGAUCAAACUACACAAGCGUUCUUAGCCUCACAACUAUGUCAUACUACAGUAGUUCCAACAGUCGGAGCUUUGUGUAGUGGGCUCAGGGAUGGGUUUGUUUAAUCGAAUAUUCAUCUAUCCGAGGUUGUACAAGAAACAUUAUAGUCAAAUAUUGGAUUUUAUAGUUGUAACAUAUGUUGUAUAGUUAGGUGUGUACUAUAUAUACUGAGAGAAACAAAUUAAGGAACACGAGAAAAUUCAAGUGUUCCUUUGAUAUUUGCCCGUUUCCAUCACCAGCUUUGAAUAGCGAAAUGGGAGGAAGUCUGAGAAUAAAUAAGGGAAUGCUGCCACGAAGUGGUGUUCCCUUAUUUGUUUCCCUCAGUAUAUAUGCACGAAUCUGUACUUGUGUGAGUUGAGUUGGAGUAUCAUGUGGAUAUAAUCACCACUUAGUCUAUCUUCUGUGACGUUAGUUAUCACAGUGCUGUAUCAAUUGCGACAGCUGUUUUUGUCCUGAACUCUAUCGCCAGCUGUUACCAGUCUAUAUGUAUUCUGCACACGUUUCCUGUGCCAUUGAUGUGAUUCAUGUGAAGUUCAAGAAAACAGAACACCAGGAGGAUGCCAAACUACCGUUAAACAGACAUCCUUCCAUACUUCUCGUGCCAUUCCGGGACAACACUUCAUACCUAGCCAUUAUUUCAUAUGAAAUACAAUAAAAUUGACAUUAUCACACAAUCGACCGAUAUUUACAGUAUUACCAAAGUUAUCUUCAGUAACCCAUGCUUGUCGUAAAAGGCGACUAACGGCAUCGGGUGGUCAGGCUCGCUGGCUUGGUUGACACAUGUCAUCGUAUCCCAGUUGCGUAGAUCGGUGGUCAUGCUGGAUUGUCUGGUCCAGACUCGAUUAUUUACAGACCGCAGCUAUAUAGUUGUGAUAUUGCUGAGUGCGGCGUAAAACUAAACUCACUCACUCUAAUGACUGGGCCAGUUUAACAGAAAUUGUAAGUACUAUAGUUUAACUAGUCAUUUAGCCAAUAUAUGUCUUGACUCAGUUUGUUAAUGUGGUUUCUGAGAGUGACCGAUCCAAAAUGUUGUAGAUUUCUAUCACACCACCACUUAGCACUGUUAUAUCUUGAACAUGCCUCCAGGUAAACUAUCCAGCAUCAUAUAUCCCAGGAUGAAAGGGAUAUAUUAAUCCUACAAAAACAAUUACGCCAUUGUGUUUGGUUAAAGAUGUUUUAUUUGUUAUUCGUGUCGGAAAAGAAUUAUUGUGUUUGAUGUAUCUAUGUCUGAAUUAUUGUGGCUGUCAUCAAGAUGUUGUUUUAGGCGGUGUAUAUGAGCCGACUUUGUUCAUGUUGUCAGCACUGAUGUUUUAUCAAAUUUAUAAAUGUACAUAUAUUUUUGCAUUAAAACUAUUUCUUUUUCCA